GCAUUUCUGGAAUUUCUCAUCUUUUAUUACGCGAUCGAGUCUUUCAAGGAAUAAUAUAACUGGACAAUCAAUAGAGAUUUUAUUGUUCCAACCGCGCAUGUGCACAACUGUCUGAGCACAACACCGAUAGUUUACUUUCCUGUUAACUCCCCGCCUAAUUGAUUGUGAAUCCACUUCAAAUUAGUUUUCUUUCCCCAUGGAACCGUAACAGAUGAUGAGAAGAGAGGGCAUGGAGAUCAACUAAAAAAAGACCAGCCCAGGCCAAAGUCUACCACACUACUGUGAUUUAGUUCCUGGAUAGGUUCAGGAAAAGGACGUAAACGAAAUACUGAUCCUAAUGUUUGAUGUUAAAGAUCGAAAGCCUGGAAAAUUCAAACCAUGAAGCGACAGAAUGUGAGGACGCUUUCACUAAUCGUCUGCACCUUUACAUACCUUCUGAUUGGAGCCGCUGUCUUUGAUGCUCUCGAGUCAGAAAACGAAAUCAAGCUUAAGAAUAAACUACUGCAGGAAGAACGAGAUUUCAUAGAGAAAUUUAACAUCAGUGAUACAGACUUUGAAGAAAUCAGAAUAAAUGUUUUGCGGUCCAAACCUUACAAAGCCGGGGUCCAGUGGAAAUUCUCAGGAGCUCUGUAUUUUUCUCUGUUGGUUGUAUCCCUCAUAGGUUAUGGCCAUAGCACGCCUAAGACUGUGUUCGGAAAAAUAUUCUGUAUGCUAUACGCACUUGCUGGAAUCCCGCUUUGCAUGAUUAUGUUUCAAAGUGUUGGUGAAAGACUAAACACAUUUGUGACCUACCUUUUGAAAAAUAUCAAAAAAUGUUUCAGGUUCAAGAAGGCUGAAGUUUCUCAAACCGACGUUUUGUUCAUUACCUUAAGUUUGUCUACACUAAUCUUGACAACAGGGUCGCUGUUGUUCUCUGAACUGGAGAACUGGCCAAUCAUUAACUCCGUCUACUACUGCUUCAUUACGCUGACUACGAUUGGGUUUGGUGAUUACGUAGCUAUGCAGAAGGAAAAUAUUCUCCAAACUCGACCAGGUUAUGUAUUGUUCGUUCUCCUUUUUAUUCUCAUUGGAUUGACAGUGAUAUCCGCAGCCAUGAAUCUCUUGGUGCUUCGUUGUUUGACUUUAAAUAGCGAAGACGAAAAAAGAGAUGAGAUGGAGGCUGCGGAAGCUGCGCGGAAUGCCGUGCGAUUGAAUGGUGACGUCAUCACUGGAAAUGGUGGAGUAGUUUCGAAUGCAAACGAAACUCCUGAGUAUCAAGACGCUAUAUCAGUUUGCUCUUGUUCCUGUUACAAAUGGAGGUCUCCAAACAGUGGAAAAAUACACAACUCCAAUCCUAACAUUAAUCAUGUGACGUCAUUCAGUAUCGCCAAAGAGGACGAAAUGUCGGAAGAAACAGAUUCAUUUCUUCACUGGCAAAAGACAAAGCGAGCCUCGUUCUGAUAAUGUCGAUAAACAAUUGCCAUUUUGUGCCAUAUGUAAUUUACUUUUAAAGUGUUAAAUACUGAGAAUAU